AUGCCGCCUCAUCCUCUCACCCUCAUUACUGGCUCAACCCAGGGCAUUGGCCGGGCCGUAGCCGAAAUUCUCGCACGCAAACACGCACACCACGUUCUCCUUGGAGUUCGAAAUGUCCAAGUUGGCGAGGCGAUUGCAUCUGAGCUCCGCCAGGACGGACAUAAAGCUUCUGUUGUCGAACUGGACCUCACAUCUGCGCAGUCCAUAGAGAAAGCCAUUACGACCAUCGACCGCCACUACGGCUAUCUCGAUGUGCUCGUGAACAACGCCGGCAUAUCUUCCGAUCACGACGAGUCCCUGAACAAGUGGGAUAUAUACACUAGCACCUUUACAACCAAUGUCAUUGGAACCGGAGUCCUGACCGAAGGGCUCGUCCCGCUGCUGCGCAAGGCCAAGUGCAGUCCUCCACGGGUUGUUUUCGUGAGCAGCAUCAUGGGCAGCUUGCAAACUUCACUUGAUAAAACAACCGCGUGGUACAGCAUAGACUACAAAGUUUACGACGCGAGCAAGGCAGCGGUCAACAUGCUCGCCAUUAACUUCUCGCGCGUCCUGGACGACGUUGGCGGAAAAGUCAACGCCGUGUGUCCCGGCUAUAUUAAUACCAGGCUGACCUCGUUUGAUGAGAGAGGCGAGAGCCCAGAAGUCGGAGCUACAAGGAUUGUCCAGUUGGCCACGGCUGGGGAGGAUGGGCAGACGGGCACAUUUACCAAUCGACAGGGUGUGUUGCCUUGGUGA